GAGCGCACAAACCACAAUUAAUCACUUCCCAUUUCACACCCAAGUCCCAGCACAAGCAACAUUCUCAGACUCCCUCUGCAACUCAGAGAAGACAGCCAUGGCGUCAGGAGGCAGCAAACUGAUGAAGCUCAAGUCGGUUCUGAAGAAGCUCAACUCAUUCAACUACAAGCAGAGCCGGUCGAUGUCGAGCUCCGCGGUUGCUGCGGAGGACGAUUCCUCCUCCAACCUCCACCCUGUCUACGUCGGGAAAUCGCGACGGCGGUACCUCAUCAGCUCCGACAUUAUCGACCACCCGCUCUUCCGCGAGCUCGCGGAGAGGUCCGGCGAGAACGACACCAUCAUUGUCUCCUGUGAGGUGGUCCUGUUCGAGCACUUGCUGUGGAUGCUCGAAAAUGCCGACCCGCAGCCGGAGUCGUUGGAGGAGCUCGUCGAGUUCUACGCCUGUUAGCCACCGAAUCGAGAGGUUAAUUUGUAAGCAGAAGAAUAACAAUGGAGGUGUGAGUGUUCCUAUGCAGUCACUUGCACGGCAUAAAUCUGUAAAUUAUGUAAUCAAGGCGGGGUAGAGUGAUAAAAAUGCUAAGAGAUGGGGAAAGAACGGUAAGGAUUAACCGAUUGGGGAUGAUUAUGUUUAUUACAGUAUAUUUGAAUGAUUGUACUUAAUUAAUUCCCCUUUUUUUU